AUGCCACCGAAGGCGGCGGCAGCCGCGGCAGGCAGCAGGCAGAGGGAGAAGGGCAAGAAGGGUGGCGCUGCACCCGUGGACCCGAUCAAGGAGCUGCGCAACAUGGAGGACAUCCACGAGGUUCUAGCCAAGGCGCAGCAGCUGCGCAACUACUUUCAGGCAGAGCGCGAUAAGGUGAACGGUAUGUGGGACAUCACCAAAAAGGACCUAGAGAAUGAGCAGUUCGGCUUGCAGAACGCCGAAAGCGAGCUAGAGGAGCUGGAGCGCGAGCAUCAAGUGGAGAUGAAGGUCUACCAGCAGAAGGUGCGUCAUCUCCUGUAUGACCAGAAGAUUGCCGUGAAGCAACUUCGCGAGGAGAGCGACGCGGCACUGCGGCAGGCUGAGGCGGCGCACACCCAGCGGAUGCAUCAGCUAGAGGUGGAACGGCAACAGCGCAUGACUGGUAUGCAGUCCGCUCGCGAGGCCCAGGAAAGUCGAAUUGUGGAUCAGCGCGAUGGUCAUCAGUACAUGCUCACGGUCACGAAGCGUCGCAACCACGAGAAGGAGCUGGCGCGGCUGCAGGCCUCGUACGAGGCGAAGCUGAGCACGCUGCGCGAGGACCUGGAACUGCGACGCCGGGCCGAGGUCCAGGAUGCGGAAGAGCGAUACCACCUCCACAUCAACCACCUUAUCCAGCAGCACGAGGAUAAGUUCAAUGAGAUGAAGACCUACUACAACCACAUCACGCACAAUAACCUUGAAAUAAUCCACUCCCUUAAGGACGAGAUCGCCACCAUGAAGAAAAACGACGAGCACAACGAGGGCCUGAUGUUCGAGAUCGAGAAGGAAAACGAGAACCUCGUAGCACCGUUGGAGCAGUUAGAGAAGGAGGUGGCGGAGCUUCAAGUCAAGAAGCAGCAGCACAUUCUGGACAAGCAAAGCUUGCGUAGCUUCCGCACCCGAUACAAGUUGCUUCAGCAACAGCUGUGCGCGCUGCGGCAGGAGAAGGAGAUGCUGGAGGGUCAGUACAAGAACGUCUACGACGAGCGCGAGGACCUGCGCGCGAAGUUCGAGUUCGCCUUGCGUGAGGCAAUGGAUGUCGUUGCUGAUCGCAACAACUCGCUGCAGCAGAACCUGAUUGAGGCGCACGCGCGGCUGGAGCAGCGCGACGCACAGCUGGAGGGUGUACUGCGCGCCAUGGGCCUGGAGCCGGCCGCGAUGGAGCUCAUCUCGAACGAAAUUGACGCCGAGGUGCAGAAGAAGAAUCAAGUCAUCAAGGACCUGCACUUCGAGAUGCGCCGACUGGAGAAGAAGGUGAACGCCAUGGUCGAGGAGUACGAGCGCCGCUGCCGUGCCGUUGGCGUACCCCCGCUAGACCGUGCAAGUGUCAUGCAGGUCUAA